AUGACUUCCCCAGUGAAAAGUACUCUGAAUCCAGAGGCUCCUGCCUAUGUAUCUCUACCUCAACAACAAACACAAAUCAACAUUUCUUCUCCUCCUCCUCCUCCUGGUAUUAUAUUUUUCUCAUCUCCUAUUACUAGUAAUUAUUACCAUCUAUAUCAACCAUAUCCCUCCUACCAUCAUCAUCAAUACUACUACUACCUCAGCCCGCCUGCUGCUCCUCCUUUGUCGACACCGGCACCGGGAACGGCUUUCUUGCUACCUCCUGUAGCUAUUUCUGCUCCCACAAGGCCCAUUUUGCAGCAUUCACCCAAUAAUGUGGCGGCAAUUCCUGCUAGAGAUGAUGUGAAUUCCCAAGAUGCUAAUGUGGAGAAAGGGUACAGAAGUGCUGCUAGACAUCAUGGCUCUAGCAGCAGUACUGACCAUCUGCAUCAAGAGGGCGGAUCCUCCAGUUCCAGUAGAGAUGGUCAAGGAAUUGGGAAUGGCUCGCAUGUGCUUGAGCAAGCCGGUGCCAUUAAUAUACCUGUGGAAAAUGACGGCAACAAAACAAGCAUAAUUAUCAAGAACAUCCCAAAUGGAUGCAAGCGUGGAUUGGUCAUGAAAUUCCUGGAUUAUCAUUGCAAAAAUGAAAAUAGGAAAUCACGUUAUGAUUCUGCUGAAGAGCGUGUGAUUUUGGCUUAUGAUUUCUUUUACCUGCCUAUGGACUUCAGGUCUGGUAGUAACAAAGGCUAUGCAUUUGUGAACUUCACCGACCCUCGAGCGGUAUGGAAGUUCACCGUUGCUGCUCAGGGUAAGGCUUUGGAUGGUUAUAAAUCCAGUAAGAGGUGCUUCAUUGCCUACGCUAUACUCCAGGGAAAGGAAGAGUUUGUGACUCAGUUCAAAGAUGUACAUUUUGAGUGCGACUCGCCGCGAUUUCUGCCGGUGACUUUCAGCCCUCCUCGUACUGGUUCCAGAAAUGUGCAACAGACUACGGUGGGCAUAUGGGUCCGAAAGAGGAUCAGGUGUUCAUUGGAACAAAAUGGGACAGCCAGGCUGCAGGGUGAUCACUGA